UGGACGAAAGUUUUUUCAGAUAUGUUUGGUGCUUCGUUUUGAUUUCGCGGCCGCUAAAUGGAGCUCGGAAGCUUUUCGAUCUCUUAAAUGCAAGCCAUGACCAGCCGUAGUAAUCAUGGGCGAUGAAGAGCAACAGAAUUUUGACUAUGACGAUGUGAUUGCAUCAAAUGCCAAUCUGUUGACAGAAUUUCGCUGUCACGUGUACCUGGGACAGUGGGAGUUGGCAAGAGCUUGUGCUUUGACUGUACUUCGGGCACCAUACACUACAGAUGAAGAUAGGCAGUUUGUCAGAAACUAUGUCAAGGAAUUGGCUGUUUGUCCAGAAGCGGUCAGCACGUGUGCAUCGCCAUCAGUCAUAUCUCCGCAUCACUUGAGUUGGCGUGCGAGCAAGUUCUUGGAAGAAAAUUUCCCAGAAGAGGACGCUUCGGGCCUGAAAAAUCAUGCAGAGUUUAGAGUUCUGCUACACCGUGUGGGAAAAACAUACCCUGAAGAGUGCCGUGAGGAACUACACAGACUUUACAGAGAAGCAAGUUCUAGUCGCAGAGCUCUUUCCAUUGAGAGCUGUACCUGCCUAUACAAUUCGUUACUGGAAUCCACCUAUGAAACAUAUCUUUUUCUUACAUUCCUGCUCCAAGCAUUACCCGAAGACCACGAGUCAGCCUUUCAAAUCCGACGAAUUUACCUGAAAGCCGAGCUUCACCUGCUCAAACAACUGAAGGUCUCCUGGUCAAAAUCUCAGGACACGGCAUCAAAUGUCCAAAAGGCUGCCUUACACAUCUUAUCGCUGAUACCUGAAUCCACUUUAGAAUCUCUCGGCGUCUGUUCCGAAUCGAAAACGUUGCUCGAAACAAUUUUUGCGGAUCUGAUUGAUCUCUUGAAUAGUGGUGCGCUAAAGGAAGGUGAAGUAUUUGGAAGCAUGGUAUGUCGGAAGACGCCACGGUUACUGCAGGUAUUUUCCGACAAGUUGAACGACUGCAAAGGGCGUCGGAAAAUAGUGCAACCAAACGAAGGCGUUGAAGAUUAUACUAGGUUGGCCGUGUCACUGCAAACUGGAGAGUUGGAUAUCAAGGAAGCUUUCUUGAAAUCUGUGAUUUCUGGUGAACACUUUGCGAGGACACUUACGAAAUAUGCUGUCCAGAAGAUAAUUCAGGGCGAUGUGGAAACAGCAAAACGUCUCUUCACGAACCAGCUUUUAUGUAACUUGUUUCCUGCAGCACUUUACCUUGCCUGGAGCAAGGUCUCUUCAGAUGCAUCUGCUCAGAAUGUGAUGCAAGCUGUGCAAGAUUCUAAGGGCUGGGUUUGUCCAGACCAAAUCCUCCAGAAUCUCCUGGAACGAAUGCAGUACAAUUUGACGGUAACACGGUGGAUCCUUAACGUGUACAAGGAGAGGAAGCCAGACAUUGUUAAAGCUCAGGAACGGAGCUUCCUCAGAAACACGUACGACAUGCUUCUUCGUUUGUCUCCCCUGGCAGUCCUCCACAAAACGUUGGGCUUGAAACAUCUCAACAGGGAUGAUGUGCAGGAAUUGCUGGAAUCAGCACCUAUGAAAGAAAAAAUGCAUGGGCCAGGAGAAGCAAAGGCGCAAACAAGAUCGUCCACACCUGACGGUCAAGAAGAAACAUCCGAAUGUAGAAGUAACUCGCCUGAUGCAGUUCUGUACCGUGGCUAUUUGGCAUUACAGCGUGCUAUGGAUGCAUUCUACGUGGCAGUCCUUCUAAACAGCACUACUUCAUGUGACAUAAGUACUCUGUCUGCAGCACAUACAGAUGAUGCCGAUGGCAACAACAUUGAGCUCUGGGAACUAGCUCACGAUUCCGAAUCUGUUGCUGCAGCAGUGGAAGAACAUGGGUUCUCUGAGGUGUACAGGCACACUGUGCUUGCCCAACUGCAGCAUUUUCAAGAGGAAGUCAGUGCUGUGCACCCCCUUACAUUUAGACUGGAACUGUUGGAAGACACCUUUUCUCUUCUCUUUGUGACCCAAGCAGAUAUGAGGGACGACCAGGACAAGUCUACUGCAGAAGACACUGAUUAUAACUGUGAUAGUGAUGAAGAAUUGAACGGGACAUUCGUUGACGAGAGCUUUGCGGUGGCUAGAGAUGUACAGGGCAAAGUAGAGAGGCGUCCUUCUGCAAGCAGGCAGGCUGGCGGUGACGGUGUUUCCACAAAAGGAAGCACAGCGAGCAGCAGUGGUGGAGGGUACGAUGCUGGCGGUGUCAGUGGUGCUGGCUUCCUCUGUCCACAUUUCUUGGUGCCUGACAUUCUUCGCUGCCUCAGCAAUGCAAUCAUUGCCACACAAGCGACGGCCUUUGCAGUUGGAGCCACUCGGGACAAACCUGUGAUGGAAGACCCAUCUCCAGUCAUGUCAACGUGCAUCACGUGGAAAGAGUUCCCGACAAGGCUCGAGGCCUUGAACAAAUACGUUGUAGAAGCUCAGUGGCGCUAUGACCUGGUUGCUUCAUCAUCCGACUUCGGCAAACACUCACGGACGUUCGGUGCCCCAUCUUCACUUCAAAGGGCAGACAAGACUGAAUCCAGAAGACACAGAAGAAGAAGGAAACGGAUGUCAAUCACCCACAUUAAUUCGGAUGGUGCGACGGUUAUUGAGAAGAUGUUGUCUACAUUUGAAGCACUUCUGAGGCACUGUCUCUGGCAUGGAAACUACCGGAAAGCUCACCAGAUUGUCGAGUUACUAGACCUUGGCAGUAGUCCCGACGCUCAGGAGCUCUUAUUCUGCGAAGGCCUCUUGGAACUUAAGCAACACCUGGCUCAAAACUCUGGUACACCAUCCCCACACCCACCUUUGGACUUCUCCAAAGCAUCUACCGUCUCCGCCGAAAUGGGACGAGCUGCUCAAGCAGGUCUGCGUCUCACUUCAGCUACCAGCCUUGUAGACCGAUUUUUUGGAUCAGUGACUGUGCCGUGCAUCUCCGAAGCUGAGCAAGUCCUGCGGUCCUCACCCGAAGAGCAACCUUCCGCUGCCCGCUGGCUCGUCUCCGAAUAUGGUGGUGGUGGCCUGCGUGCUGCAGCAAUUGCUGAUCUGGCAAUCACUGGGAAGCUUCCCUGUGAUGUUUCAGAACGCAUCUUGGCAAUGGCGAAAAACCAGCAUCACUCGGAUGUAAAACACGUUCCUAGUGGUACAAAGUGGCGAGGGCUCUCGGCAACGAUCGACAGGAUACGACAGCUCUUGCAAGAGUCCAGCGACGUGGAAGUGUCCGGAGGCAUGGACAGGAUGCUGUUUGCACCUGGAGCAACAAACACUUUGACAGACUUGCUGUGCGGUUACAUAGGGGACAUGGAUCCAAGAGUGUUACGUGUGCAGCGCCGUGCAUUACGAGAGUUGGGGGAACAGUUCCACGAGGUGAAAUUGCUGCUGAAAGCAUCUGAGGCCUCUACCGAGGGGCGCCCCGACAAGAACAAGCUGCACAAAGCUUUCUUUCAACUGACUGAGAUGUCAGGAAAGCCACUGCGAUCCCAACUUCCCUUUCUCCCAGCUUUCCGCUUUGACUACUUCAGGUGCACCUAUGCUCACGUGCGACAGCUUCACAAAGCUGUCUGUGAUGUGGCACGGCAAGGAAGGUUGAAAGUGAAGCGACCUGGCGGGAACUACUUUUGGGUGUUGAGUCAGAGUCCAUCCGCACUUCUGAGUGACAUGAUAUUCAAAGAUGAGAUUCAUCCAGUCCGAUUGGAAGAGCUGGCAAAGCGGAUGAAGAUAAACUUGGUCCAAGUUAUUGCCAAAGCAUGCUGUCCUCAAAUUGAGUUACGGUGCUGUGACAACAUAUCUGAGCUGCCCAAAGGAUCCGUACAGUCAGACCUAGAAAUCAUGAAUGAAAGCUCCAGUCCUUGUGCUACAACUAGUCAUCCGAACUACGUUGUCAAGUGCCUUCUCCGAGACCUCAUCGUACUCCUCAAAGCACAGUGUGACUUUGGCGAGUGUGUAGUUACACUGCGUGAUGUGCACCAACUCGGAAACUCUUCAGAGUUUGCGGACUGGGCGAGUCGCUGUGCGGAACUUGGGUCCGUCGACUUGGAGCAGCUGAGUGACAAUGUCAGCCGUCUUGCCUUUUUUCUUAACCUCGUCAACCUUGUCACCCUGCACGUUGCAAUAGUACAAGCUUCUGGACUAGAUGCUCGUGACGUGGAAGCAACACAUUUUGUGCCCAUCACAUCUCCGUACGCUCAUCAAAGGCUCAUUGAAGAGAUGCAUUGUGGGUACCGAGUGGGUCAACUUGGAGUCGUGACGUUGUUUGAACUCAAACGCCAGAUUCUGUUUCAAGGCUACCCUCUCGAUGAUAUCAGUGGUGACGAUUUUCUUUUGUCUCUUCUUGAGGAGCUGCAUGCAAAGGCAAGCAACAAGUACAGUCCAAAUAUUCACCCCAAAGUUGUGUAUUCUCUUGUGCAAGGAAGGAUAUCCGAUCCUAAACUUGAGAUUAUCAACCCAGAGACACUAGAAGAGCAGUUUCAGAACGCCGUGGCUCGUUGCAUGGCGCAAAUAAAGGCUCUGUCUACCGAUGGAAAGCGUAAGAUUAUAUUUCCGUGGCAAAUGAAGUUCUUCAUUAAUACCAGGAUAGACUUAGACGAGAGCUCUGAAGAGCUGCGGGAUUCUCUGCAGCGACUGGUUCCUGAAGGAUUUCUCGUGGAAUUUGAAAAAGAAAAGCCCACUUUUGGAAUUGUGCUAGAUCUUCCCAUACCACAAGAUGACUUGCAGUCCGUGGACAGCAGUGUUCGAAUUCCACCAGCUGUGUUGUCAUACCUCGAAAAUCGAAGCCCUCUGCUGGGACAAGUAAUUAAGUUCAUGCAGCCAAAGGUCGCUCAGCAGUUCCACAUUGGAGACGGAACUCACAGUCAAAGCCCCUUAGAAAAUCUCCUGCGCCAGUAUUACACAAUAUGGGCUCAGCUGGCAACCCAAAGUGGACAUGGCCCAUGGCUCUCUCUAGCCCUUGAAGGACGUGCAAGCGGAAAUCUCAUCUGGGAGGCCCUGCAAGGGGCAGCAGCCCAGAAGGACGCUGUUUCUGCUCUUGCCCUAUUGGACCUAGCAGAUGCAGUGGAAGGACUCCAACAGCAUCCGGACUUGAUGGCAUACCAGCAAGCGCUUCUGUGGAUGUUGGCAUCUCAGUCUGGAGAAGAGAGCAGUGAGAGCGCUGGUACAGUCGCAGACCCCUGGCGAUAUGCACUCUGCAUAAGGGACUUGAACUCUAAGGCAGAGUGUGUCCUUGCCAAUUAUAUUCGCUGGCCAGACAACCAUGGAGUGUCUACACUUAAGAAGGUGCUAGCAGAGUGUUCACCAGAGUCACAAUCGAGUCUCCACGAGAGGUUAUCAAGGGAGCUCUUCAAGAUCACCCUCUACAAAGAGAUUAAAGAACAACUCACGGACACUUCUCACGGUGCAUUUGGAUCUUGGAGGGAUGUCGCACGCUACUCGCUCUCGGAUCCGGCUUUGGUCCUCGAGCAGCUGAGUGACGGCGGAUGUUACGAGUGUGCAACCCAGUGGGCCGACCUCCACGAUGUUCCCUUGCACUGUCAGGCUGUUGUCACUGAGUUGCGAGUGUUGAAUCAUCUUCAUAGGGAUCCUCCUGAUUCCAGUGCCGCAUUCCAGAUCAUUUGCAGUGCAGAAACUGAAGAAGCGUCAUUUCUUCUUUGCCAAAAUGCACUGCGGAAACUUGCGAAUGGCCAGGGGAAGAUCGACGCUCUGGACUUUGUCCUCGAUAAGUACAGCCAUUGCCUCACUGAAGAAACUGCUUUGAUGUAUCAGAAACUCUGCAUAGGUCUCCGUAUGUUCAUCUGCAUAAGUCCUCGCAAACGUGAUGAUUACGCAGACCUAGUCAGCUGCCCGACAUUCCUUCUUGAACAGCUUCUAAUGAACACAGAGAUUGACUGCGUCGGAGAAUGCUUGAAACUUAUUGCGCCUUUUCUCGAAAGAGAAGGAUCUCCCUUGACAAGAGCUAUGGCGGACGGAUAUCUCGAGAAGUACGCUUCAAAAGCCCUGGAGCUACUUCUUUUGCCAACGUCUUCGUCGGAGCCUGACACCACAUUACCGUCUUCAGGAACCUCCGCAUCGCCCCAGGGUCAAAAUGAGACCUUUGUGAUGCCUGCAAAGCCACCUCCCACGAAUGAAUGGAUCCCAGAUGAGAAUGUGGCACGUUGCAUGGUGUGUCAAGAAGAACACUUUGGUGUUUUCAGCCGACGUCAUCACUGUCGACGUUGUGGUCGUGUCGUAUGCUCAUCUUGCUCGCAACAGACCAUGUGUGUAGAAGGCUAUGGAAAAAGGAAUGUUCGUGUUUGCGAUGAUUGCUUUGAGCAGACUACAAACCCACCAAGUCUCGGUGUGGAAGCCAUUCCACCUGAGCUACCUCCGAGUCAAGGACUGCGGUACAAUCCAAAUGAUUCUCCAUCUCCAUCAGCGCUCAGACCACCGAGAAAGUCAACACCCUUGCAAGCGGCGUCUCGAGAUGAUAGCUCAUCGAAGGGAAACGCAGCAUGGAUUCUUCAUGUUGACGAUGAAGAAAAUGUGUUCACACGUGAGCACUUUUACUAUGAACGUGCACCAAGCGUGUCGUUAUGUCUUUCGAUAUUGGCAAGGCACUCUUCAUUGACGAGGUGUUCAUCUUUCAUCUUGUCCCUCUGUGAUAACCUCUUUACUGUCUUAGCGCCGAAAGCAGCCUGUGAUACUUUAGUGGACUAUGGCCUUAUCAUCAGCAUCAUGCAUUCUUUAAUGCUGAACGCCAAAGUGAAAUGUGAAGAGGCUGGCCACAGUGUAGGAGUGGAGUGGUGCGAAGCUUAUUUGAGAAGAUUGGAUAUCGUGCAGCUCAUGGUGACCAAUAACUGUCAGCACCUCAUACCUGAUGAAAUGUUGCUCAGCAAAACAGAAGCAGGCGGUGGCCUUGACCCCAAAUGCUACUGGCAGCCAGAGCGCAAGUUGCGUGAUCGCCUCACUGAAGCAGAACGUAUGGAACUGGCACUCGAAGUGGCCACCAAGUGCAGACUGGAAAAGUCAGGAAUUUUUGCUUCCUGGGGACUGGCAUUGCUGAGGGUUGGUGACUGGGCUGCAGCGAGGGAAAAGUUUUCUCUUUGCCUCCAGAGACCCAAAGAGCGUGGUAAAUCAGCUGUCGAAAAUCCAUUACUACAGGAGAUAAUAGCCAGCCUGGAGAAGUCAUCGUACGCAGGACAUAGCAAGGCUGCAGCCGUGUUCUGUGCGAUAGGGAGCCUUAGAAGCAUCAGGGAUCCAAACAUUGAGGUUAAAUUUUCCACAACCGAACUGAAGUCACAAGUAUUCAGUGAGUGCAAGUUCUACCUGGAAAGAUAUGGCACACAUCGCUCCAUGCUGGAAUUCCUACUAAGGCAUCAUGAGAUUGAGAUCACACUAAAAUACUUCUUGGCUGAGAACUGUGAAUCCGAGCUUCUUGCCGAAAAUGUGAUUGUGCCAGCUUUGGAACGGGGCGACAUAGAACAGGUCUUAAGCGGAAUUAAGAGACUGGACCCAACGCUUAUUCAGUUCUGGCCAUCCCUUUUGGUCACCUGCAGACAUCUCCAACGGAAUGGACUUUUUCACUGUCUUUAUCACAUGCAACUCUUCAUGGAGGAUUACAUACGUGCUGCUAUGACCAGCAUUCAGUUCUUUGAACGACCACCAACAAAGUCAUACUCUGACCUUCAUGGGAGGCUACAGCACUUGGCAAAUGCAAGCAAGCACUUUGAAGCCUACCUAGAAAAGUAUGCAACACAGGCGAGCAAGCAGAAGAGCACUACUGAGAGACAAGUGCUAGAAAUGCCACCUAACGAAGUCUCCAGGCACUUGAGCAUGGUGAAGCUACAGGUGGAGGUGACCCGGUUCUUGCAUUCGCGUGAGACUGAGAACGAGCUGAUACUUCCCAUUGUGGAUAAUGGUGGCAGAGACGCUACAGGAAGUUGGAGCAUUCCAACCCUGUUUGGAAGCAUCGCAAGGAAGUGCGAACUGACGUGCCUGAUCCUCACAAAUGGCAAGACAGUCGAUGAGGGCUUUGGAAUCGCGUUCCGCAUCAUAGAGGAGCAUCUUCUCAGCGGUGCCCAGAUCUUCCAACGUACCAGCAGCCUGCUUCAGCAUUUUCGAGGAGCAGCACAAGUGAAGCGUUUAGUGGACUGCAUCGCGACUUGUGGAUAUCCAAAGAAAUACGAUGUGGAUGCAGUGGUGAUGGUUGCCGUCAAAGUAAUUGUUAAUCAGGACGAGGAGAAAAAGGACUUGGAAAUUCUGGUAAAGUGCCUCAAAUCAGACGUCAACAAGAUUGAAGCCUACAUGCUGGCUGGCCGACUGAAAUCCGCCUAUCUGUUAGCCGUUCGGCAGAACAGGACAGAGCACAUCCGACGCAUCAUGGCUCUCGCUGAGGAAGCCAAUCAGGAGAGCAUUCGUGCCAUUUGUGAAAAACGGCUCCAGGCGCUCGAGCAGAGGUGAUGCAUCUCGUCACGUCUCCUAGUUUUUUUUACCUUAGUAUCCAAUAAGUACAAAGCAUGUUGAACAUGUCAGAAAGAGAAAAAAUUCCUGUAAGGGUUGCACAGUAUCUGCCAUAUGCAUCUUAAAGGGGUGCUAAAGUGUAACAGUUUCUUCUCGUGGAAUAAAAGACUGUUACCUUGACACCAACACAAAAGGAACGGGUUUCAUCCAUUUCAUCGUUCGUGACUUAUGAACGAAAGAAACCCCAAUUCGCGCUUUCCCCGCUUCUUCUCCUUCUCAAGAAGACCAGCAAUGAGGAACAGACUCCCAUUGGCCUCCUCAAACGAUUUAUCCAAUCAUUGUGCGAGAUCGUUUCAGGAGACCAGUCCGAGGCUUCUUCAUGUUGUCGCACCUCAUGAGGAGGAGAGGGGGAGGGAAAGCGUAAAUUGCGGUUUCUUUUGUUCGCAAAUCAUGAAUGAACCUCGCUCCUUUUAUGUUGGUGUCAAAGUAAUGGCAUCUUUCAUUCCAUGAGGUAAUUUUCUUUUCCAUUUUAGUGCCCCUUUAAUGACUUGAGAAGCAUUAUGUACUUAAAGCAUCAGUAGAGAAGCGUCAGCCAGUGCUAAGUGCAGCACUUAUUCUUUUUUUUCCAAAUCCUGGAGUUAAAUUUUAUUUGCAGUUUCCAUUUCGAAGAAACAUAGAGAGAAUGUCUGUAUGAAUGAAUGUAUGUAGAACAGUACCAUUGAAUGCGUGUUGCCAACACUGUUCGUAGUGUGGGGACUAUAGCAUCUCUAACAGCCACCUCAACGGUUAGUGGUGCGUCAGAAACACCACGACUUACUCCUAGAGCCUUGUGUUUUCGGGUUUUAUGUUUUCUGAAAAUCAGGGUGUAGAAGUCGUUUUUCUUUUUUUCAGGAGCUAUAAAAUGUGGUCAAAUCGGCUGAUAUAGUGUGGAAAAGCAGAUUUUUGGGUCAAAAAGAAAAAAUGUGCUCUUCUCAUCUUAGAGAAACAAGACAUGCAGAAUGGCCAUGGCCAUGUGCGAUGUGCCAUAGCAUUCACCAGUACCCAUAUUAGUGGCUGAAUUGGCACUCUGCCAAGUUUUGUUUUUAGGGUUCUGCCCUAAGUGACGGUGAUGUAAAUCGCGGGGCAAAAACAGGUUUUACCAAGUUUAUCCCUAAAACACGAGGCCCUACCUAUUCACACAAGACACACAUCGGAAGAGCAGCUACUUCACAAAUGUGGACAGCAUAUGAGUACGUUUACCUUUGAAACGGCGUUGGUAGUCAAAAUAGUAAGUUCCCAUGGUAACACGUCAGAAAGCAUGGGACUAAAGGCACUGCAACGCCAUUCAACACGCUUCCUUCUUGGGAUAGUUUAACUGCUCAUUGUAUAAAUUUGAGGAUAACUACAUGCACCUGUCCCUACUAUUUACCUGGUUGUGAGAUGUGCAAUCUGGAAAUAUGUCAAUACCUGGAUAGCAAUGCAAGGCAUAUUUAUGCUUCAUAUUCCUCCCUUGGUAUAGGAUGAACUGUAUUAUAAUGCAGGAUAUGCUUACAGGAAGCAGUGCAAUUUUUGUAUAGUACCUUUAAUUAUUCCUACAUGCAGUAAAUGUAUUCUGCAAAAGGGUGCCUUAAGCUUGAAGGGUAGAAGCCGAUUUUGUGCAGAGAAAUUAAUGCCCAUUUGGCACAGUACCUGUGAUUCUGCGAAUGCUCGCAGCUGGGAAGCAACUUGCUGCAUGUACCUUAGUGCAGUUCAUGCUGUUCUGUAUGAUACAUAGAAAAUACCUCUACUUACAUGCAGCUAUGUAAAUGGGUACCUAUCAUAUGUCUAAUAUAGUACCACAAAUGUUUUGUAAUCUGCAUUACAUCACACCAAUAUGAUGUAGUUCUGGAUACUACCUCAGGGUGAUAUCAUGAUAAGAUAGUAAGAUAUAUAUAUAUAUACAUAUAUGUGUGUACAUGAUUUUGUGCAUGUUAUAGUGCCAUAACUACAAGGGGCAUGAAAUGUGCAGAGUGCUUAUUGUGUACUUCACUUACGACUCUUAUUUUUGUGGUUCUACGAUUGUGUGUGAACCUCAGAAAGGCAGUCGGUUUGUCUUCUCGGUGACUCUUUUUUGUAAUUGAGAAACUCUAGCAUGCAAUAAAGAUAACAAACGGCA